UCUCUCAAAUUCUCUUACAAAAUGUUUAUACCAUAUUUUAACAUGGUAUCAGAGCAUGUUUAAUCCUUGGAACUCAGAAAAAUUUUCCUCAUUGUUCCUUUUUUACCUCAACCCAAAUCAAGGCAGCCAAGCCGUUUUUUUUCCUCCAUUUUCCUUCCUGAAAAAAAUUAGAUCACAAUGUCAGAAGAAAGGCAGAUCAUAGAACCAAAAUCAGAUACAAACGAGCUAACCCAACAAAUAGCCAAUCUGAUGCGAAACUCCGAAAACGUCGUGCUCGGAUUCAAAUUACAUGGCAACAAUUAUCCCCUAUGGGCACGCCUCAUGAAGGUAGCCAUAGGCAGCAGGGGCAGGUCCGGACACAUCACCGGACAACCACCACCACCAAAACCUGCAGAUCCGAAUUACAACAAAUGGGAAGAAACAGAUCUGGCUGUUUUUUCUUGGUUACUACAGAAUAUGGAAGGGAAACUAGUGAUGAACUUCGCCCAACAUCAGACGGCUAAGGCCGUUUGGGACAGUCUAGCAGUAACAUACGGUAGUGGAGCCACAGAUCCGCUCCAAAUCUACGACUUGGAGGUGAAAGCAAAUAAGGUGAACCAAGGACAACUUACCCUAGAGGACUACUGGAAUGAACUACAAGCCAUAUGGCUCAACAUCGACAGACGGGAGCCGAAUCCGCUGGAUUGCUGCGAAAAGGGCAUCACCAAAUACCAGAAGCUCAUCGAGAGUCGGCGUCUGUAUCAAUUUCUAUCCGGGUUGGACUCAAAAUAUGACCACGUUCGACGGGAUAUCCUCAAGGAAAUCCCGGCUCCCUCAGCGGAAUCGGCGUUCUCGAAAGUGAGAAGAGAGGCCGCCCGACUACAAAUCUUGCAGCCGGCAACCAACCACGCCGACAUCGACGCCUCAUCAUCGGGAGGAGUCGGAGCCGGACUCGCCGCCGUCCACCGCCCUACUCAACGGGCUGAAAUCCGACCACCACACACCGCCACCAUCAGGAACAACCCACCACGCUCAGGAAACUUCCAAAAUCGAAAAAAGGAAGAUAAAUCCAAGCUCUACUGUACUCAUUGUGGCAUGAACAAACACACCAAAGAGAUGUGCUUCCAAAUUGUUGGUUACCCGGAAUGGUGGGAAGACAACAACAAAAUAGCGAAAGGGAAAAUGGCAGACGGAAGUGGAGCAACACCAACCGGAACGACGGUGGCCGAAAACCGGCCGGCGUGGGCCACGGUGUCGGCGGCCAUGGCUGUCGACCGACUGGCAGCUGGAACGUGGGGCGCGAGGGAGAUGUCGGCGGCUGGAGAUCAGUCGCCGCUGACCGUGAGGGCGGCGGCACCGGCCGUGAUGCGACCAGCGGCGGCGGAGGUGGCUGAAGAACGUCCGGCUGUGCAAGGGGGUAGAAAAAAUCGUGGAGGAGAAGGCGCCUAUGAAGGAGGCGCAGGAUAUCAGGACGGGGGAGAUUAUUGGACGUGGCACUGAGAGAAAUGGGUUAUACUAUGUGGAUGAGAUAGCUCAACAAGGCGAGGUGAUGCUCGCUCACGGAACUGCUAACCGUGACGCUUGGCUUUGGCAUCGUCGGUUAGGGCAUCCUUCCACAAGUUAUCUUAAGAUAUUAUUUCCUGAAUUAAUAAAGGGGGGAACUCUGUCUUGUGAAACUUGUAUUUUGGCUAAAAGCCACAGACACUCUUUUAAACCUAAUAAUACUGUGGUUAAAUCUAUUUUUUCUUUAAUUCAUUCUGAUGUUUGGGGACC